AUGAAGAACUUACUGCGGAUGAAAGCGACGCACCAUGACGAAGACGUCCCCAAGUCGGUGUAUGGCUAUCGACCUUACCUGCUUACUUUCUCAGCAGCAUGGGCUUCAGCCAUGUAUGGCUACGAUUCCGCAUUCAUUGGUGGCACAUUAGCACUGCCUUCAUUCAAAGAUGCAUACGGACUUACCAAUGCUACACGUGCAGAGGCAGCUUCGCUCUCAUCAAACAUCGUUUCGACAUUUCAGGGCGGAGCCUUCUUCGGGUCCAUGUUCGGUUUUGUUCUCGGCGAGCGAUUUGGAAGAAAACCUGUUUUGCUGAUUGCGACCUGUGUUUUCUGUAUCGGCGCAAUCCUACAGCUCAUCGGUAAAAUCGGUCUAUUAUACGCAGGACGGGCCCUCACUGGUCUUGGUGUUGGCGCUACGUCUAUGAUUUUACCAAUCUAUAUUUCCGAGUGCGCUCCACCAAAUAUUCGAGGACGCUUGGUAGGAUUCUUUGAGGUGAUGCUGCAGUCAGCGUUGGUCAUUGGGUUUUGGGUAAAUUAUGGUGUCAAUGAGAAUGUGCCGGCAAGCAGCUCAAGCCAGUGGCAUAUUCCUGUUGCACUCCAGCUUGCUCCCGGCGCCAUGCUUCUUCUCAUGGUACCUCUAUUUACCGUUGAGUCGCCACGCUGGCUCGUUUCCAAAGGUCGAAAUCAAGAUGCACAAAAGGCCCUUGCAUGGGCGCGAAAUCUCCCGGAGGAUGAUUUGUAUCUGCAACACGAGUUACGGAGAAUCGAGAAUGGUGUUAAUGACGAACUAGAAAUUGUGGGGGGCAGUGGCUCGUCAACCUACGUGAAAAUUGCAAGAGAGCUUUUUUGCAAGGGAGUCCGGAAUCGUCUCAUUAUCGGUACUUGGCUUAUGGUACUUCAAAACAUGACUGGUAUCAACGCCAUCAAUUACUACUCGCCCACCAUAUUUAGGGCAAUUGGCUAUACUGGUACCUCCACUGGACUUCUUGCGACUGGGGUGUAUGGGAUAGUAAAAAUGGCGGCGACAAUCAUAUAUGUGAUUAUCAUCGAUCGCGUCGGACGCCGCCCGCUGCUACUGAUCGGUGCCACUGGCUCUGCUAUAGCAAUGUUCUACCUUGGAAUUUAUUGUAAUCUUAGCAACUCCUUAAAUGCAACCCCGAAAGCCGACGCCGGAGCACGACUGGCCGUUGGAAUGGUGUAUGUCUACGCAAUUUUCUACGGCGCUUCAUGGAACGGCAUACCUUGGCUAUACACUUCAGAGAUUUUACCGACUCGGGUCCGAACUUUGGGAAUGGCGUUUGGUGUUUGCAUCCAAUGGCUGUCACAAUUCAUCGUUGUAUACUCGUUGCCAUAUAUGAUCACGGACAUCGGAUACGGAACCUUCAUUUUCUUUGGCACUUGCACUGUUAUUGCCUUCCUAUUCGCAUAUUUUCUGGUUCCGGAGACCAAGGGAGUCGCUAUUGAGGAUAUGGGACUGCUGUUUGGCCCAGAUGUUUCGAUCAUUGCGAGGAAAGCUAGACGUAAUUGGGAACUCAAUAGGGAAGAAGCUGAUGCUGUGGUGAUGCGGGACUUGGAUAAGGCUACGAAGAUGGAAGACGAAGAUGACCAUGUUGAGCGAGUUUGA